CGGGGGCGGGGCCGCGGCGCCCGCCCCGUGAUGGCGGCGGCGGGCGGCGCCGCGCGGCGGUUGGUGCUGCUGCUCGUGGCGCGGCCGGCGGCGGCGGCGGCGCGGGGGGCUCGGGCCGGGCCCCGCGCAGCCGCGGGGCGCUGGGGGGUGCCGCGGGACGCGUCAUGGGCCGCCGUGGCCUUGGCGGUGCCCUUGGCGGUGCCCACCGCGGCCGGGCGACCGGCGGGUGCUGCGGAGCGCUGCCCGGAGCCGCCGCCGCCGCCGCUGCCGCCGCCGCCGCUGCUGUGGCGGCUGGGCCUGGCCGUGCGCCUGGGCCUGCGGGCCUGCGGGCUGCUGCUGCGGUUCGGGCCUUUGCUGCUGCUCUACCCGCUGAGCCGCCUGUCGCCCCGGCUGGGCGGGCUGUGGCUGUGGCUGCUGCGCAGGGCCGCCGAGACCGCCGGCCCCACCUGCAUCAAGCUGGGCCAGUGGGCCAGCACCCGCAGGGACCUCUUCUCUGAGGCCUUCUGCACUGAGUUUUCCAAGCUGCACGUUGAGGUGAGCCCACACCCCUGGGGCCACACCGACGAGCUCCUGAGGAAAGCCUUCGGCGAGGACUGGAGGGGCAUCCUCAAGUUCUCAAGCCAGGAGCCAGUCGGCUCGGGCUGCGUCGCCCAGGUGUAUAAAGCCUACGCCGACCUCGCGGCCAUUGCUGGCUCCCAGGCCGGGGAGCUAGCGAGACACUCCAUGCUCAGGUCUGCUUUCAAAGCAUGGGAAGUUUCUGGUUUUAGAGGCCUCUUCAGGUGGCUUGGGAGGAGGAAGCAUGAGGAGAUGCAGGAGGAGAAGAGCAGGGGGGAGCCAAGUCCAAAAGGCUGCUCCCCGGGAAGGCCCGCGGGGGCGGCACCCCUUAUGCAGCAGAUGGCCGAACCGUUCCUGAGUGCAAACCCUUCAUCAGCCAGACAUCUGAUUCCUGUAGCCAUUAAAGUUCUGCACCCUGGGCUAGUCCACCAAGUCCAAAUGGAUCUGUUUCUCAUGAAGAUGGGUAGUCGCAUCAUUGAACUUCUCCCUGGGUUCAAGUGGCUCAGUUUGACAGAGAUUGUGGAGGAGUUUGAGAAGCUUAUGAUUCAGCAGAUCGACUUACGCUAUGAAGCCAGGAAUCUGGAACGCUUCCGACAAAAUUUCCUGGAUAUUGAUUUUGUGAAGUUCCCAACUCCUCUUCGCCCCUUGGUAACAACAGAUGUUCUAGUGGAAACAUUUGAGGAGAGUGAGCCUAUUUCCCAGUACCUGCAUGCAGAGAUUGGCAAAGAGCUGAGGCAGAGGCUUGCAAAGAUGGGCAUGGACAUGCUCCUAAAGAUGGUCUUUGUUGACAACUUUGUUCAUGCUGACUUGCACCCUGGGAACAUCCUGGUCCAAGGCAUGGCCCACAUCAGCGCAAGCAGCAAGGAGCAGACAGCCAUGGUGGACCUGUGUGACAUGCUUGUGGUGGAAGUGCAGCCGCCCCAUGGGCAGCUCUGCCUGGUGCUGCUGGAUGCAGGGAUCGUGGCAGAGCUGCAGACUGCUGACAUGCAGAACUUCCGGGCAGUUUUCACUGCUGUUGUCCAGGGCCAGGGGGAGAGAGUGGCUGAAUUGAUCCUCCAUCAUGCCCGUGCUAACCAGUGCCAGGAUAUCGAGCAGUUCAAAGCUGAGAUGGCAGAGCUAGUGACCAAAGCUCGGGGGAAUACCAUCGCCCUGGGAAAGCUUCAAGUGGCAAAUCUCCUCUCGAAUGUCUUUAAGUUAUUGAUGACCCAUAAGGUGAAGCUCGAGAGCAACUUUGCUUCCAUCAUCUUUGCCAUCAUGGUCCUGGAAGGGCUUGGUCGUUCACUGGACCCUGAGCUGGACAUUCUGCAGGCAGCUAAACCACUGCUCAUCAAAACUGCAGCUUCUGUCCUUGAAUAGACUCUUGCAGUUGCUGCCCUCUCACUGUGCAGGGUUACCUUUGCUCUCUGUGAGCUAAUGGAGAAAGAAGCUGAAGGUGAGAACAGUCACAUGCCUUUGAAAAUGCCGUGCAGUGGAUAUUCCUCAUUAAUGUUGCUUUCAGUCGUAUCAUCCAAGCAUCAAACAUGGGGUGAUCACAGAAUUGCACACAGAACGGUUGAGGUUGGAAGGGACCUUUUCAAGAACAUCUAGUCCAACCCCCCUGCUCAACCUAGAGCAGGUUGCCUAGGACCCCAUUAGAUGGCUUUUGAGUAUCUACAAGGAUGGAGACUCCACAACCUCUCCGGGCAACCUGUUCCAGGUUUUGACCACCCUCUCAGCGAAAAGUUUUUCCUUAUUUUCAGAUGUUUUCAGUUUGUGUUUCAGUUUGUGCCUGUUGCCUCUUGUCCUGUCACUGGGCACCACUGAAAAGAGUCUGGCCCUGUCCUCUUUACACCCUCCCUUUAGAUACUUAAAUGCAUUGAUAAGAUCCCCUCUCAGUUGUCUUUUCUCCAGGCUCUCCAGGCAGAGCAGUCCUAGCUCUCUCAGCCUUUACUCAUAUGAGGAAGGUCUAUUCCAGAAGCCAGGAAGAUCUUGCAGAGAUGGAGAGUUCUGCCUCCCUUAUAAUUGCAUGGUUCUAUCAGAUAAUGUGCUCUGGUAGUUUUUUAACUGACAGUAUCAGAUACUUUCGGUGCACAAGAUCACUGCAGCCUGGUGAAGAAAGCAGGUUUACUUGUCUAAAAGUCUUUAAAAAGAUGUUCAGCUAGCAAGUCUGUGUUUUGAAAACAAUCAGGUUAAAUAUUUUAAGUUAAUUUACUGACUGAUCUGUCACUACUCUAUGAGAAAUGAUAUUCUGAUACCACCUAAGCAAGUAAUGCAGAUAUUCAGACUAUGAAAUGUAAACAGGCUGAAAAAGCCAAUGUACCUUUUUCUGUCUUUUGUAAUUUAAUUUCUACUUUUAUUGUAGAAGUGUCCUGAGAUCCCACAUAAAGUGGUCUAUUCUAAGUCAUUUUGGAUGAUAAAAACUGACCAGCCAAUUUCAUUUUCAGACUUCUAUACUCUAGCACAAUACUAUAGGAGUUUGGAUUAUAAACAGUAAAAGAAAAUAUUUGUUUUAACAGAAAAGCUAAUUCCAUAAUAAAAAAACAACUUUGGGGAA